AUGACCAAGGACAACCCCCAGUCACCAGUUCCCUUAAACAACCGAAGCAUCUCAGUUUGGAAUGUUUCUAACGUUGAAGUACCAAAUUACCCAAGAGUUGAUGUAAAGGAAGGUAUUGUUCACUUAGGUGUUGGUGGGUUUCACCGUUCACACCUUGCCGUUUACAUACACCGUCUAAUGCAGAAGUUCGGUGUGAAGGAUUGGUCUAUUUGUGGAGUAGGGCUACUUGAACUAGAUGCAGCGAUGCGUGAUGCAUUACAGACUCAAGAUUGCUUAUAUACCCUUUUGGAACGGGGAAUCGAUCACACCACCAUUCAGGUAAUAGGCUCGCUUACUUCCUAUAUGUAUGUGCCAGAGAAUCCAAGAGCUGUUAUAGAAAAAAUGGCAAAUACGAGCACUCGUAUUGUCUCCCUUACUGUUACUGAAAGUGGCUAUUAUCAUAGUGAAGCAACCUCUUCCCUUCAAUCCGAUCACCCUGCAAUUGAUAACGAUUUGAAAAACUCAGAUAACCCAAUCACCAUUUAUGGUUACUUGUAUGAGGCCUUGCUUAUUCGCUACACAGAGGGUCGUCGUCCUUUUACGAUCAUGUCCUGUGAUAAUAUGCCAAACAACGGUAAUACAUUGAAGUCCAUGCUGAUUGCUUUUGCAAAAUUAAAGAAUUCAGAGUUCGCAGAGUGGAUCGAUAAAUGUGUUGCUGCUCCAAAUUCCAUGGUAGAUCGUGUUACUCCAAAGACAACCGAUGCUGAUCGUAUCUAUUUGGAUAAAAUUUUAGGUGUUUUUGACAAAUGUCCUGUAAUCUGUGAACCUUAUAUCCAGUGGGUUCUGGAAGAUAAUUUUUCAGAUGGACGUCCAAACUGGGAAGAAGUUGGGGUUCAGGUAGUUUCUGAUGUAGAACCUUACGAGUUGAUGAAAUUGCGUUUACUGAACGGUGCACAUUCUGAAAUGGGUUAUUUGGGUUACCUAGCUGGAUACGAUUAUAUUGAUGAAGUCGUGGCAGAUCCCAUGAUUAAUAAAUAUAUUCGAAUCAUGAAUCGCGAAGAAGUGAUACCGUUACUACCUAAGAUUGAUGGCGUAGACUUCAGUGAGUAUUCGAACUCUGUGCUUGAAAGAUUUUCUAAUCCAGCUAUCAAGGAUCAAGUCUCACGUAUUUGCUCAAUGGGAUCUGGCAAAAUGCCAAAGUACGUUUUACCUUCUAUUUCAGAGCAAUUACUAAGACCUGACAGCAAUUAUGAUCUUUUGACUUUAGGUGUUGCAGGUUGGUUCCGUUAUUUGACUGGUGUCGAUAUGUAUGGGAAGGAAUUCAACAUUGAGGAUGUUAUGGGGCCAACGCUGAUUCGUGCAGCCAGAGAGGGUGGUAUUGACCCCCAUCCUCUUCUUAAUAUUGAAAUAUUGUUCGGAUCUGAUCUUCGAGAAAACCCGGCUUUUGUCCAAAAAUUGGCCCACGCUUUGGAAAUCGUGUCCCUUAAAGGCCCUUUGCAAGCUGUUCAAGAGUACUUGGCAGAACAUGAGAGUUAG